AUGGCAGAAAAUCAAAAUGUGCGUAGUGGCGAUAUCAUUUUAGCGCAACUUCAUGAACUGCGCAGCAACCCCAUGUUACGACAAUACUUAAACCAAUCAGAGACUAACAAACCAGCAGGGAAUAAUGUAGUAACAGACACAACAACGGGAAAAACAACAUUAACAACAACAACAAAAUUAAAACAAGCUCCUGAGAGGGAAUCUCUUUUGUCUUUUCAAACACGGUGGAGUAAAGAAGAAGAGUAUCGUUUACAGCAGUCACUAAAAGCACAGUUGGAAUUUCAGGAGGCUAUGAAGUCUUUAUCACUUCUUGGUGGAAACUACAGUACAGUUAGGUCAUCAAAUAACAUAAAAACAAAUACCGUUUCUAAUAGUGCUCUUUCUGAAAAUUUAAUGAGAGGAGAAGAAGCAUCAUCUUCUAUAAAAGUAUCCAACAAUGCAAAUAAAGGGGAUUAUAUUCCAAUGAUAAUAGAGGAUAAUCCAUCUGCAGUAACAUUGCAGGAAAAGUUAGAAUUACGUGAUCGCACAAUUCAACGACUUCAAAAAGAGCUGGAUGAAACACGAAGUAUUUAUGAGAAUGAAUUAGCUCGCGUAAAGGAGGCUCAUAGAUGUUCUAAACGUGAAUCGGAUGCAGAGAUUGCUGAGUUAAAGGAACAAAUGAGACAACUUGUUGCGGAGGCUGCUAAUAUGGAGAAUAUGAAAAGGGAUGGAGGAGUAGAUACAAUGAACUUUUUGGAAACAUUGGAUUUCAAAGAGUCUCUGCUGCAAGAGAUGCAUGACUCCUUUCAGAAGGCAUCAGAAGAAUGGAAAAGUAAUGCGGCACGCAGUGUGAUGAGUUUAAGUGUCCAUACAGAAGCAGAACUUGCCAAGAUUGUAAAUCGUGGAGAGAAUCUCUUAAUGCAAGUAGAGAAAUCACUUGAAGAAUUAAAAGAAUCACGUACAAAGGAUAUCCUUUCCUUUACGGAAAGUGUGGCCCAUAAAGUUAUGCAGGAUGAGUCCGCAUUACUCUCAUCCUAUGAGUCUAAAUUACGUGAACAUGUACGUUCUACUGUAAAGCAGGCUUUGCGAAAUCGCAUGAAGGACAUUGUACGACCUUUAAUAGAGCAAGAACUUUUAAAACGUCGAGGACUAUACAUACAAGAGAAUACAAGCAACAUCAGUAGUCCAGCUCCAGUGCCUUCUACACUCGCAGCAGCAGCAGAAGGGACUGUAAGGACACCUUCAAUGACUGAAUCACGCCGUGAUGAGACAUUCUUUUUAUUUCAACAUUUAUUACCACAGCGAGAGAUGCGAACACCAUCGCAAGUCCGAGAAAGAUCUUCAAGUGCUUUGGGUGGAAUUUCUACCGUGUUGGGUGGUCGGUCGCGUAGUAGUGCUCUACAUCGUAGCCCUCGUGAUAUUUCUGAACGUCCUCACUGGCUGGAUCGCUAUUGCUACUAG